AACCCUAAUGUUCAAUUCUUAUUAACCCCAUCAGGCGCAGUGGCUGCGAUUGCUGCAGCGGCACGGCCAAUCUCCAUUUACAAUGGGCGCGUACUCCUAUAUGUCGGAGCUAUACAGGAAGAAGCAAUCCGAUGUGAUGAGAUUCCUGCUCCGAUUGAGGUGCUGGGAGUAUCGUCAGCUUCCCUCACUAGCUCGCAUCACGCGGCCCACUCGUCCUGACAAGGCUCGCCGCCUCGGCUACAAAGCCAAGCAGGGAUACGUCAUUUAUAGAGUGCGUGUUAGACGUGGAGGCCGAAAGAGACCAGUACCAAAGGGUAUUGUUUAUGGGAAACCCACAAACCAGGGUGUGACUCAAUUGAAGUUUCAGAGGAGUAAGCGUUCAGUUGCCGAAGAGCGUGCUGGAAGAAAGCUUGGUGGUCUCAGGGUUCUGAACUCCUACUGGAUCAAUGAGGACUCUACCUACAAAUACUAUGAAGUCAUAUUAGUUGAUCAAGCCCAUGCAGCCAUAAGAAAUGAUCCAAGAAUCAAUUGGAUUUGCAAUCCUGUUCACAAGCACCGAGAGCUUCGAGGACUGACAUCGGCAGGGAAGGAGAACAGAGGACUCAGAGGAAAAGGAGCUAGGUUUCACAAAGCCCGUCCCUCAAGACGGGCUACAUGGAAAAGGAAUCAGACACUCUCUCUUCGUCGCUACCGUUGAGGAGCUUUUUCUUCAUGUUAUUUUGCUAUGAAACUAGUUUACCCCUAUUCGCCAACCAUUUAUGUUUUCCCUAGGCAAUAUUGUAGUUUUGGAACACUUCCAUGCCAGGAACCGGUCAUGAUAUCUUUAAAUCACCCUUUUAUUUAUUACAGAUAUUCCAAGUUACUCUUGCUCACUCAUGAAGAGUCAUGUUUAUCAAUAUAUACAUUUUGUCCCAUAAGAUAGCCUUGUUAAGAGAAAAGAUGUUCUUUCCUACUACAUAUUUCAUGUUUUCAAAUGAAAUAUGAGUAUGUGU